GGCGAAUGCUUCUAAGUGGCAUCCACUGGAAAGAGUUUAACUCAAGACUCACGACCUCACUUGUCAACAAGAGUGUUCCAGAAGAGAGGAGAAGACUGGCAGAGUUGUUUAAGUACCUACACCUGCCCGUGAAGUCCCUUGCCCAUGGUGUUAAUGGGGUGCUCUUCCAGACGGACCAAACCCUUGGGCACAGAUCCAUGGUCGUUUAUACUCCUUCUCUUUUCUAUACAACUUGUGUAUGGGAGUGGCAAGAAAUAUAUCAGUCCAUGUGGAGGAAGAGAUUGCUCUGUUUGCCAGUGCUUUCCUGAAAAGGGGUCCCGGGGUCAACCAGGACUACUAGGGCUGCAGGGCCCCAUAGGCCCUCUAGGAGCCCCGGGACCCAUUGGGAUUUCAGGAGAGAAAGGCCUGAGAGGUGACCGUGGCCCUCCUGGGGCCGCAGGGGAGAAAGGAGACAAGGGUCCAACUGGUAUUCCUGGAUUUCCGGGUUUGGAUGGUAUACCUGGUUACCCGGGGCCUCCUGGGUCCAGAGGCAAACCUGGCAGGGAUGGUUACAAUGGCUCAAGAGGAGAUCCAGGAUUUCCAGGGGAGAGAGGAGCUCCUGGCCCAAGAGGCCCCCUGGGUCUUCCUGGAGAAAAAGGAGAAAAAGGAAAUUCAGUGUUCAUUUCAGGUGGCAUUAAAGGUAUUCGAGGAGACAGAGGGGACCCAGGAGCACCCGGCUUACCGGGAUCCAGAGGUCCCCAAGGACCCAAAGGCCCCAUGGGAGAUCCCGGAGCACCAGGGUUAACAGGCCCUCCAGGCCACCCUGGGAGUCCAGGUUUGAAGGGCAAUCCUGGUGUGGGAGUGAAAGGGCAAAUGGGAGACCCCGGUGAAGUUGGCCAGCAAGGUUUUCCUGGACCCACCCUAUUGGUAGAGCCGCCUGACUUUUGCCUCUUUAAAGGAGAAAAGGGUAUAAAGGGAAUUCCUGGAAUGAUUGGAUCUCCAGGACCACCAGGACUCAAGGGAGAACCUGGCCUUGGGGUAAAAGGAGAGAAAGGUAUUCCUGGCUUCCCAGGACCUCGGGGUUACCCUGGUUCCUUUGGAUCUCCAGGUUUUCCAGGAUUAAAGGGAGAACAAGGGUUGGUUGGAGAUCCUGGGCUAUUUGGCUUUCUUGGCCCAAAGGGGGAUCCUGGAGACCGCGGGUACCCGGGACCACCAGGUGUUUUGGUAACUCCAUCUCUUCCACUCAAAGGUCCUCCAGGGGACCCAGGAUUCCCUGGCCGCUAUGGAGAAGUGGGAGCUAUUGGACCCUCUGGUCCCCCAGGUCCUCCGGGCCAACCAGGGGAAGCUUGUCCAGGCAUGGUGGGGCCUCCUGGCCCACCAGGGCUUCCUGGUCUUCCAGGGUUUCCAGGAGCAGCGGGUAUACCUGGGAGACCUGACUGUGCCCCGGGACAACCAGGCCAGCCAGGACCGCCUGGCUUACCCGGAGUACCAGGGCUGCAGGGACCCCCAGGACCGGAUGUGGUACAUUGUACUAUUGGGCUCCCUGGACCACAAGGAAUAAAGGGCAAAGUGGGCCCUCCAGGAGGAAGAGGCUCAAAAGGAGAAAAAGGAAAAGAAGGUCCCUGCGCCUGCACACCUGGCCCCUCGGGCCCUCCUGGCCCCCCAGGGCUGCCUGGGAGGCAGGGUGAUAAGGGAAACAUGGGGCUUCCAGGCCUGGUUGGAGAAAAAGGUGACCCAGGCCCUCCCGGUGCUGAAGGAUCUCCAGGGCAACCGGGAAAAGCUGGUGUUCCAGGACCUCCUGGCAGCAAGGGAGCAAAGGGUGACAUGGUGGUAGCAAGAGUUAAAGGGUACAAAGGAGAAAGAGGGCCUCAUGGCCCCCCUGGGUUUCCCGGGCAGCCUGGAGAAGAUGGUCAGGAUGGACGCGCUGGAGAAAAAGGAGACCCAGGACCCCCAGGGGAUCAUGAAGAUGCAGCCCCAGGUGAGAAGGGCUUUCCUGGCCCACCGGGUCCCCCUGGAAAAGCAGGACCAGUGGGGCCUCCGGGACUGGGAUUUCCUGGUCCACCAGGAAAGAGAGGUCAACCAGGCAUCCCAGGCCACCCAGGCAUGAGGGGCCCUGAUGGCUUGAAGGGGCCAAAAGGUGACACCAUUCCUUGUAAUGUAACCUACCCUGGGAGGCCAGGCCCUCCAGGCUUUGAUGGACCUCCAGGUCGGAAGGGAUUUCCGGGUCCCCGGGGUGCUCCUGGGCCGAGGUGUUUGGAUGGACCAAAAGGCCUGCCAGGCCAACCAGGAAUACCAGGAAUACCAGGCCCACCUGGUUUUCGUGGUGACAUAGGAGACCCAGGUUUUGAAGGUGAAAACGGGUCCUCCCCCAUUGGACCCCCAGGACACCCUGGGUCACGUGGAAUGACGGGUCAGAAAGGAAUCCCAGGAGACCCUGCAUUUGGUCACACAGGACCCCCUGGAAAUCGGGGCCCUCCAGGAGUGCCAGGAAUAAAGGGACCCAAAGGUGAUCCUGGAUACCCUGGACCUGAAGGGACAGCUGGCAUUCCUGGGUUGCCAGGCCUUCAAGGUCCCAAAGGAAGAGAGGGAAGUGCUGGGUUUCCAGGCAUCCCAGGGCCACCAGGCCAUUCCUGUAAAAGAGGCGCUGCAGGGAUCCCAGGCCAACCAGGUGCCCCCGGGGCUCCAGGUAGUCCAGGUGCCCCAGGCAGGAAAGGACAGCAAGGAGAUGUGGGGUCUCCUGGGCCAGCUGGAAUGAAGGGCCUCCCUGGACUCCCGGGGCUGCCUGGGGCAGAUGGACCCCCAGGAUCUUCAGGAAUCCCAGGGCUCUUUGGGGUAGAUGGGCUACCUGGUAGUCCAGGUCCAAAGGGACCCCAGGGGCUGCCUGGCCUCCCAGGCUUUCCUGGAGAGAGAGGAAAGCCCGGCCCACAGGGCCGACCUGGCAAAAAGGGAGAAAUCGGAGAGAAGGGCUGGCCUGGCCUUCGGGGGCACCCAGGAGCACGAGGUGCCACAGGAGCCAGAGGACCUCCUGGAGAUGAGGGAGAAAUGGCCAUCAUUUCCCAGAGGGGAGACAGUGGGGAACCUGGGCCUCCCGGAGAUGGUGGGUUCGUAGGAGAGAGAGGUGACAAAGGAGCUCCUGGGACACAAGGGAGAAGAGGAGACCCUGGAAGAUACGGACCACCUGGAUUUCAGAGAGGGGAGCCUGGCAGAAAUGGGCAGCGUGGGCUUCCUGGACUCCCUGGCCCUCCAGGUCCACCUGGGCUAAGAGGGAUCAUUGGUUUCCCAGGAUUUCCAGGUGACCAGGGUGAGCCAGGUUCUCCGGGCCCCCCUGGAUUUUCAGGAACUGAUGGAACAAAAGGACCUAAAGGAAGCAAAGGUGACGCUGCCAGUAGGUUUGGUCCACCUGGUCCGAAGGGUGAGCCUGGUAGCCCUGGGUGUCAAGGACAUUGUGGAGCCCCUGGAGAUCAGGGCUUGCCUGGAGUUCCAGGGCUGAGAGGACCACCGGGAAGGCCAGGAUCCCCUGGCUACCUGGGGCCACCAGGCUGUUCAGGUGAUCAGGGGAUGCCUGGGCUGCAGGGCCAUCCGGGAGAAACGGGGCAUCCUGGGCCUAGAGGCCUGCCAGGGGACCCAGGGAUGCCAGGUCCUCCAGGAAUAAAAGGUCCUGCUGGGUUACCUGGCCUGAAUGGCUUGCAUGGUUUGAAGGGUGAGAAAGGAGCCAAAGGUGCCUCAGGUUUGCAUGAAAUGGGCCCCCCAGGCCCAGUGGGAAUACCUGGUCUCAAAGGGGAGAUAGGAGACCCUGGGAGACCAGGAAUUUCUCCUCCAGGCCUCUUUGGAGAGAAAGGCUUCCCAGGCCCCCCAGGGAGACCAGGACCCCCAGGUCCUGCAGGUGCGCCAGGAAGAGCUCCUAAGGGUGACAUUCCUGACCCUGGUCCGCCUGGAGAUCAGGGACCUCCUGGACCUGAUGGCCCAAGAGGAGCACCUGGGCCUCCAGGACCCCGUGGGAGUGUUGACCUUCUGAAAGGGGAGCCAGGUGACUGUGGUCUGCCAGGGCCACCAGGCCCCCCAGGCCCUCCAGGCCCUCCUGGAUGCCAGGGUGUUCCAGGAUGUGAUGGAAAAGACGGUCAAAAAGGACCAAUGGGAUUUCCAGGGCCUCCAGGACCACCUGGCCUUCCUGGGGCACCUGGAGAGAAGGGUUUACCUGGACCUCCAGGCAGGAAAGGGCCCACUGGUCCCCCAGGGCCCAGAGGUGAACCUGGGCCACCUGCUGAUGUGGAUGCCUGUCCCCGAAUCCCAGGGCUUCCUGGGGUGCCAGGCCCACGAGGACCAGAAGGAGCCAUGGGGCCCCCAGGAGAGCAAGGCCCCCCAGGACCAGGGUGCAAAGGAGAGCCUGGGCCCGAUGGCAGGAGGGGCGAGGAUGGCGUCCCUGGGUCACCGGGGCCUCCUGGACACAAAGGCGACAGUGGAGAGGCCGGCUUCCCUGGAGCACCAGGCCCUCCUGGUCCAACUGGCGAUCCUGGCCCCAAAGGGCGUGGGCUUGGCUACCUCAGCGGCUUCCUGCUAGUGGUCCACAGCCAAACGGAUGAGGAACCCGCCUGCCCUGCGGGGAUGCCCCGGCUCUGGAGUGGGUACAGCCUGCUCUACGUGGAAGGGCAGGAGAAAGCGCACAACCAAGACCUCGGUCUGGCAGGGUCUUGCCUUCCUGUGUUCAGCACGCUGCCCUUUGCCUACUGCAACAUCCACCAAGUGUGCCACUAUGCCCGGAGGAACGACAGGUCCUACUGGCUGGCCAGCGCGGCGCCUCUCCCCAUGAUGCCGCUGUCGGAGGAGGAGAUCCGGCCCUACGUCAGCCGCUGUGCCGUGUGCGAGGCCCCAGCGCAGGCGGUGGCGGUGCACAGCCAGGACCGGUCCAUCCCUCCGUGUCCCACGACCUGGAGGAGCCUCUGGAUUGGGUACUCGUUCCUGAUGCACACAGGAGCUGGGGCCCAAGGAGGAGGGCAGGCCCUGACGUCACCGGGCAGCUGCCUCCAAGACUUCCGAGCGGCGCCGUUCCUGGAAUGCCAAGGCCGGCAGGGAACCUGUCACUUUUUUGCGAAUGAGUACAGCUUCUGGCUGACCACGGUGCAACCAGACUUGCAGUUUUCCUCUGGGCCAUCACCGGACAUCUUAAAAGAUGGCCACGCCCAGCGCCAGAAAAUCAGCAGGUGCCAGGUCUGCCUGAAGUAUAGCUAGAGACUGUGAAAUUCGCCACCUUGUGUGAAGAGAGACUUCCCAGGGAGCCAAGGCUCCUAGGCUGUGCUAAGAAAUUCAGCGGUGCUCGUCUCAGACCAGACUCACAGCCGUCUGGUUCUCAGUCUUUAUUCCCAUAGGCCUCUACUUCCUCCCUCUGUCCUCUACUGAUUAAGCAAAUGCUUACAUGUGUGGAUUUGUUUUGACCCCCAAUCUCGAUGAAAGCCACAUACCCUUAUGUUAUUGAGGAUGAAGGAAAAAAUAGGCUUUAUUUGAAAACAUGUUAAUUCUCAGGAAAGCACGUAGAUGAAACAGGCCAGAUUACAAAUUACAUUACGGGAAACUUCAUUCAUUGGCUAAUAGCAUCUCAAACAAUUGAAGUCAAUUACUUUACAGUACAGUGGGGUUCUGGACAGCUUUUUAUAGGAAAAAAUAAAUAGGCCAACAAAUGAAAGUAGCAAGGAGAGAUUUUCAACAUUUCAAAAUGCUUUCCUCUGUAAUCUAUUUUUUUCAUGCACUUUAAACAAUUGUAAAACUGUGACCCAAAGAGAUUAAAGAAAGAAAAAAAAAAAACCCCACGCAGCCAGCAUUAACAGUUCAUUUCAAAGCAGAAUGAAUCAUUACGCCAGAGAAGCCCACCGCUGCUGUAUUCCAGAGAGGCGACAUUAGCAUAAGCAUAUCACAGAGGAAUAUAAAACAUUAUGUUCCCUGCUGCAUUUUUCAGAGAAUAGAAAUGUCUACUUGGGCAACCCUUUUUGAAAAGCAGCAAUUAUGGAAGAAAAUAUAUUCAAUAAGGGAUUAGGAACCUGAAAGCUAUUAAUGAAUAUUAAGGUAGUGAUUCACAGAAAUUGACCCUCCAUGGCAGUGAACUUCCAAACAGAUCGCUUUUCCCGGGGACUGGCAUGUCCUUGGAGCUAAUGGGACUGAAGCCACCUGGGGCUCCCUCGACCCCCUCCCCAGGAGGACCCACGGAGCUGUGGGGCUUCCUUGCAGCUUACAGUGGACGCUUUUCCUGCACAUACACACCAGCAGACCACAGCGGGAAGUGAGAGCUAUCAUGUGCACUUACAGGAAGUUAAGGGCCGGCUUAAUUAAACUUAGGUAAGAAGAUUUAUUUGAGUCAGGGUCAUCUCCCCCGCCACAAGGAAGGCCUGGGACUAUCUUUAAGAACAUACGGGAACAAUCCACAGCUUGAAUUUUAUGUUCCUCUGAUGAGUUUACACAGGAGCAUCAUGUUUUGACAAUUAAAAAAAAAAAACUAUUUCACGGCAGCACUGAACCAGGGCCACAGCUGACAUUUGGCAUUAGCUGUUUCCAUAAAACUCUAGAAGCUAUGUCAACUUAUAAUGAGCACACUUUUUGAAUCGUUAAAGACGUUUUCUGUUUUGCCAAGACUCUAGUGAUCUAAUCUUACAAUCGAAAGAAUCGUUUUAGGAAAUUCGCCUUCCUCCUUUACAGAAAAUAUCAUCUGAGAGGAAAGCAAAGAAACUACUCAUGAAAAUGACAUUCAUUUCAGCGCUCAGUUUUAGUGCACUUAAAAAUAAUUGAGAGAAACUCAAUUAAAAUUUUGUGUAUAAGAAAUGUUUUUCUUGUUCAACUUUAAUUACUAAUGAGGUCUUCUCUCUGCAGCACACAUUUCAAAUGAGUCGCUCAAGGCCAUUUAUUUUAAGAGUAUUUUCGCAUAAAAAACGUAUGAGUAAGAUGAGCUGUUUUCUUGAUGUAGCAGAAUAUUUCCUAGUUCACUGACCUAUUUGAGUUUUUUAGGCCAUCCUAUUGGUAUAUUUUUGAGUGCCUGAAAUUUAACCCAGUUUCUCCCUUACUUGUAAUUAGUCUUCUAUUCCUAAAAUCUUUGUCUGGUAUCAAAACUCAAGCCUCCUAAAAGUCUAUCAUGAAUACAGUGUGAGAACGUUCUCUGGAAGAGAUAAAGAUGAUCAAUGGAAUAUCAGAAAUGCAUCUUCCUUGCUCACUUAUUUGAGUUUACCCUGCUAUUAGAAUGUUAUCUUAAUAAGCUUUACAAACAGGCUGAAUUAAGUGGAAAUUUAAUUCGCGGUGAAUCCAGAACAGUGAGUAUGAAGCAGUUGAAAAUGCUAGCAGCACAGGAGUCCUCUCUAAAUAAGGUUUGAACACUGCCCUUUAGCUUUGAAAAAGUAUUUUAAAGGGUCAAAGCGGGACCACGAUAGAAAAAAUAACUUCCUGGCAUAACUUUCUUCUCUUGGCUAUAUAGCAACGUGCUUUAAAAUACAUGUGCUCUACGAAGGCCAGGAACAAGGCUUUGCAGUUGUUUGCCUAAUCCAUUGCUAGUGACAACCCCGUCAAAUUUCCCAAGGAACUCUCCCUCUUCUUGGGUCGAAUGCACCUAGAUUGCCGAGCUGGGGUGUCUCUGAGGCCCAUGAUGGAGACUGGCACGUUAACUCCUGGAUGGUCAUUUGUGGUGGUGGAGCCCGAUCCAUCCAGGGUGCCUCCAAGCUGUGCUCUCCCACCCACCGGACUGAGCCUUGAGUCAGUGCUUCUUGUGGAACGCUACCUCCUUUCAGCCUCCUUGUAUCUAGUAUAGCUGACGUCGCCUCUUCACCUAUCCUCCUGCAGUAGGUGUCUCCUAAAGGGUUCCUCCAGUUUUAAAUUCCAGCUGUCACGUACGUUCCAUUCAAACCAGAAGACUUCACGUGCGGUGCGGUCACCGUGAUGGCCAUGGCUUAUGUCUGGGAGCAUCUCCGGCCACCGUGACUGAGUGAGCUCUGCAAAUGCUCGCAGUACCUCUGCGCCUUUGCUCCUCUUUUUCCCAGGGACGUCCUCCCUCAGGUCCCUUGACUGGACAGACCGUUACUUAUCUUUACACUGAAUUAGUGGCGUGCAAGUAUGUGAAUCCCCUUGAGGAGACUUGGACUCCCUUCUGCUGCUCCCAGUACAAUUAAUGGGGCUCUCUCUCAUUCCCCAUUAUUUCUCGAAUGGCUCAGCACACUUCUUUCAUUCCCUGGCUAAAACGAAAGCCCCUUGAGGGCAGGGACCAUGGUUUAUUCAUCCAUAUAUGCCCAGUGCUAGACAGAGCUGGACAUGAUAUUAACACGCAAUUCUUUUAUCCAGUGACAGUUCCACUGCUUCACUAGGCAUUACACAUUAAACUCUACAUAAGGUCUUCAUUGGGAAGAUGUUGUCUAGGAGACCCCAUUCCUUACUUCAGCACGUCAGCAUGCUCAGCAUACCUGCACCCCCACUAUCUCCUGUUACGAAGCCAAUCAAUAAGCCCAGCUCCCCCACCUCCAAAAUAGAUUAUUUUUCUAGAAACUGAAAUUUCAGAAAUGAGAGUUGAGAGAUUUGGCUGAGAGAAAACUCUUCAUUGAAAGGCAGCCUGACAACUCAUAUAAUCUACACUGUUUCAGGAUUUAAGAGCCUGUGAGUACAAAACUGCCUCUACAAAGUCUGUACGUGUGUUACUGGUGCUUUGAGAAGUAGUCAAUAGAAUGGUCCAUGAAAAUUGGAUCUUAUUAAAGAUCUUAUUUUGAGCUUCUUUUAGAUUAUCAUAAAGCAAACCUUUCUCUGUUUCAGGAGUUGUAUUAAUGUUACAUCAGCUCACUGGGACAAUGUGAUAAUUGUAACCUUGGUAUGGCUGUGAAGUGGUAGAAAAUGAGGAUUUCAGUUGGUUGAAGCCAGAUUUACUGGUUCGAUCACUUUCCAGCUGUGUUACCCUGGAUGAGUUCCGCCAACUUGCUGAGCUCCCCUCAUUUAUAAAGCACUACUCUUGUGUUGAAAAUUAAAGUUAGAUUAUCUGUCUAACACAUAAUAGGCAUCAAGAAUUGAUUAUGGUCAUAUCUUAUAUUUAAAAUAAAUUAUUUAAUAUGAAAAA